AUGUUUCUAACAUUUUCAAGAAAAAAUAUGUCCCAGAAACUGAGUAUGUUUUUACUAGUUUUUGGAAUCAUUUGGGGUUUGAUGUUGCUACGCUACACUUUUCAGUAUCCAAGACGCCAAAGCAGUGCCGAGUUGCGUGGCCAGAUACUAGAUCUAAGUAAAAGAUAUGUCAAAGCACUGGCAGAAGAAAAUAAAAAUUUAAUGAAUGGUGGCGGUGGAGCCUCUAUGGCAGGAUAUGCUGAUCUUAAGAGAACAAUUGCUGUUCUUCUGGAUGACAUCUUACAACGCCUCGUGAAAUUGGAAAACAAAGUUGAUUACAUCGUUGUGAAUGGCUCAGCAACAAAUACCACUAAUGGAACUAGCAAUCAGGUGCCAGUAACUUCAAAUAAACGUGUAAAACCAGCAAGCAACAUUAGAUAG